AUGGGGAGCUCCACCUCCUCCCUUGUUGAAGAGGCCGAGGGUGAAGUCGCACCCCGGGGUGCGGCUCUGCCCCCCUCCCCCGUCAUGGGGUGUCUAAGGAGCAGCCAGAGCACCUUCAUCCCUCGGCAGCUUCCCAGACCGAGCAGGCACAGAGAGCGCAGCGUCUAUACUCUGUCCACCGUCCGUCCUCUCUGCUGCCACACUGUCCCAGCCGUCAUCAGACUCGCCGUCAUGUGCCACAAAGAGCCGAGCGCUCUGCUCUGCGCACGCUGUGAGCUGAUCUUCCUGCUGGGACAGAACGUGAGGAGGGCAGGAAGCCACCGGUCCCUUUUCUCUUCUGGUUCGAUGCCCAUGCAGAGGAGCCAGUGGGCCUGUGGCUGUUGUACCUUCCUGAAUGCAGCCGGCGCCCCCCGCUGCUCCAUCUGUGAAGCCCCGCGGCGAAGACCCGACACCCGCUGGAUGUGGCACGGGUCCAGCAGGGAGGACGGUCGCUGGUCCUGCCCGCGCUGCACGCUGGCCAACUCGCGUGGCAGCCUGGCGUGCUCGCUGUGCGGCUACACCGGAGCGCCGGACCGACCCCGGGACUCCUCCGAAGACCAGCCACGGCCUCAGCGCUCCAGCAGCUGCUCCGGUCCCCUGAGGCCGUCGUCAGCUGACAGGAAACAGCCAGAAGAUGCAGACGGACACAGCCUGACCUGGGACUGUUUGAGGUGCACUCUGCAGAACACCCCUACCUCCAUGUCCUGCUCUGCCUGCGGGGGACCACGCAAACUGUCUCUGCCCCAGAUCCCCGCCGAGGCCUUGCUCAUGCCUGAGGUCUGUGAUCAAACAGGAACACAGCAACCAGAACCUGCAGCGGGGGGGCUUUCACUUUCCAUAUCAACCAGGGGAGAGUGUUUACCGGUGGAAGCUUCAUACCCCGACCCGCCCUCCUCCUCGUCUUCAGGUCAUAAUAAUCCAGUUCCCUGCAGCCGCAGAGAGGUGCCGCCGCCAGAUGUUUGCCUCAGUCAAGCACACAGCAUCAGUCCGUCUCCUUCGACCCUCGCCGUGUCACAUCUGUCUGCCCAGCCAGAGCUGCUGCCCGGGAGACGGCUCAGCAUCCUGAAAGAGGAAAUGUCACCUCUGUCGCCUGCAUCAGAUGCCUCCGUGUCGUUUCCACCCGUCAACAGGACGGAGGAGUGGUCGUGUCCGGCGUGCACCCUCAUCAACAAGGUCAGAGACAAACACUGCCUGGCGUGCCACACCCCCCAGCAGCACGCCGCGCAGCUGAAACCGGCGCCGUCCCCCAGGAGGAAGGAGAGCAUGCUGGUGGAGGCGCUGCGGCAGAGCGACGAAGGAGAGGCCAAAGAGCUGUGGGAGAACAUUGUCAGCUUCUGCAGGGAGAACGCCGUGACGUUUGUGGACGACAGUUUCCCCCCCAGUCCAAAGUCCGUGGGCUUCCCGGCGGACGACAGCGUCCAGCAUCGGGUCAAAAAGUGGCUUCGUCCUCAAGAAAUCAACUGCUGCAACUUCAGAGAGCGGGGGGUGAAGUGGUCCGUGUUCCGCAUGCCUCGCCCAUCUGACAUCCUGCAGGGACUUCUGGGUAACUGCUGGUUCCUCAGUGCCUUGGCUGUUCUGGCAGAACGUCCCGAGCUGGUGGAGAAAGUGAUGGUGACCCGCGCGCUGUGUGCGGAGGGAGCCUAUCAGGUGCGUCUCUGCAAGGACGGCUCGUGGACCACGGUGUUGGUGGACGACAUGCUGCCGUGCGACGAGAGCGGCCACCUCCUCUUCUCUCAGGCCCAGAGGAAGCAGCUUUGGGUUCCUCUGAUAGAAAAAGCUCUGGCUAAGCUCCACGGUUCCUACUUCGCUCUGCAGGCGGGCCGCGCUAUCGAGGGCCUCUCCACGCUGACCGGGGCCCCCUGCGAGUCUCUGGCGCUCCAGGUCAGCGCCACCAACCCCAAGGAGGAGCCCAUCGACACAGACCUCAUCUGGGCCAGAAUGCUGAGCUCCAAAGAAGCAGGCUUCCUGAUGGGGGCGUCUUGUGGAGGAGGCAACAUGAAGGUGGAUGACACGGAGUACGAGUCCCUGGGUUUACGUCCACGACACGCCUACUCUGUCCUCGAUGUGCGGGACGUGGACACUCACAGAUUACUGCAGCUGAGGAACCCGUGGGGUCGGUUCUCCUGGACGGGCCCCUGGGCCGACGACUGGCCAAACUGGCCUCCACACCUGAAGAGGGAGCUGUGCGCCCAGCGAGCCGAGGACGGACUGUUCUGGAUGGACUUCUGGGAUUUCAUCAGGUACUUUGACUCAGUGGAUAUCUGUAAGAUUCACUCAGACUGGCAGGAGCUCCGGGUCCCGGGCGUUUUCCCCCGAGGAGCCGACGUUCCGGUGACGGUGGUGUCCAUCACGGUUCUGGAGAGAACGUCUGUAGAACUGGCUUUGUUCCAGCAGGGCAGCAGGCGCUGGGACACGGCGGAGAGCCACCUGCUGGAUCUGUGUGUGCUGGUGUUUCGGGUCUCCUACGACAGCUCGGGGACUCUGGCGCUGGGUCGUCUGCUGGCUCACAGCCGGCGCUCGGUGAGGAGGUUCGUGGGCUGCGACGUCAUGCUGGAGCCCGGCGAGUACGCUGCGCUGUGCUGCGCCUUCAACCACUGGCACAGCAGCGUCGCCGAGGGGACAGUGAGCGGGGGCAGGGCGGAGUCUCCUGGCUACAUGCUGGCCGUGUACAGCUCCAGACUCGUGAUGGUGGAGCAGGUAACGGCCUCCAACACCACCAUCGCCGACGCCAUCAUCCAGCUGACGGAGACCAAAGGAGAGAGACACGAGGGUCGGGAGGGGAUGACCUGCUACUACCUGACCCACGGCUGGGCGGGGCUUAUCGUCAUGGUGGAGAACAGACACCCGCGGCACCACCUGCACGUGUCCUGCGACUGCAGCGACAGCUUCAACGUGGUGUCGACACGCAGCAGCCUGAAAACCAUCGACAGCAUCCCCCCCCUGCACAGACAGGUGCUGGUGGUUUUGUCUCAGCUGGAGGGAAACGCUGGAUUCUCCAUCACACACAGACUGGCUCAUCGUAAGGCCGUCCAGGCGUCUCUGGGGAACUGGAGUCCCUCAAAAGCAACACACAGUCCCGCUCUGAGCCCGGAGACUGCAGGUCUGCACCAGCCUCGCCCCCUCUGA